CCAAAGACAGACGGAAGGCUUCACGUCCGCCAUUUGCAGUAAUCGGGGGGGAAAUUGUGAUUAUUCCGAAGAAUUGUUUUAUUUCCCUAAGGAUAUUGCAUUGAAAAUCCAUGGAAUAGGGAAUGGACAUGGACUAACGAUGAAAUAGGUGUCACCAUUCCUGACCCAAAUGGAUUGUACCUGAUUUUUUUCCAAGUGCCAAGGCAACACCGAUUGUAAGAACUCCAUCUUGGUUUGAAGAAGGUGAUAUGGAAGUAAAAACUUUCAUGACUAGAGGUGAUCCAAUGGACGUCCUGGGAGAGAGUGAGGCCCUGCAGCAGUUUUUUGAAGGGCAGGAUGUGGACACCAGCAUGCUAGAGCAGUAUCUCAGCAAUGAAAUCGAACACAACAGCUUCAUGCUUCCUGAGUCACCCCCGGACUCUGGAUCUGAACCCUGCUCUCCUCCUCAAAUGACCGACGUCCAUGUCGGGACGACAAGCUGGUCUCCAGGGCAACUGCCCGAGGGAGCGCUCCAUCCUGCCACAGCCAGGGCCGCUGCAGUGUCCUGCCGGUUCAAAGAGAGGCCAGAUGCCCCCUACGGCACGCCACUCCGCCACAACCCUGCCCACCCUCACCCCCAGCUCCACCCCCAGCUCCACUCCCAGCUCCACCUCCAAGCCAGCGCUCACCACGCCACUCAGACCCACGAGCCGCCCAUCCACCCGCCGUACCUGAGCCCAGCGGACAACUACAUUCAGGCUCAGCGGUCUCCCGUAGCGCUGGGGCAGGAGGCCCUUCAGCAUGCCCAGGUUAUGGGCCCACAGGGGGGCUACCCCAGGACUAACCCCCCCUACACUCCCUCCACCUCCCCUUGUCUUGUCCAGAGUCCAGCGGGACCAGAGUUCCUCCAGCACACCUCCGUCCAGCAAUUAGGGCCUGUUCUGACAGAAAGUAACAAGAGGAGACGGUCGGAGUCGUUUGAAGCAGCUGCAGACAACGGGCCAUGGGGGGUCUCGGUCUGGACCAAGGGUCCUUACAUGGGCACAGAAGGUGGUGGUGGGGUUGAGAUGUCCUCCUAUGACAGCGAUACGGCCGCGGGCAGCUCUGGGCAAGGAGGGUACCAGCUGCUGGCAUGGGACAAGCACCAGCCUGAGCAGUGGUGCACCCUCUACAACAGCCAAUACGAGAACCUCCCACCACCUGGUUACCAUGUGGACACAGAUAAAGGCUUCAACUACUCCUCAGCCGAUGAGGCCUUUGUGUGCCAAAAGAAGAACCACUUCCAGGUCACAGUUCAUGUGCGAGUGGUGGGUGACCCCAAGUAUGUCAAAACCCCCAAAGGCCCAGCGUCUAUUGACAGCUUCCAUGUUAAAGUCUUUGGAAUGAAGUUGGAGGCUCACAGUAAUCUCAUCACGAUUGAGCAGUCGCAGUCAGACCGUAGCAAAAAGCCGUUCUUCCCUGUCAACGUAAAUCUGCCAGGAGAUAAGAUCACCAAGGUGACGCUGGGAAGACUGCACUUCAGUGAGACCACAGCCAACAACAUGAGAAAAAAGGGCAAACCCAACCCUGACCAGAGAUAUUUUCUGAUGGUGGUGGGGCUGUAUGCAUCAGUGAGGGGAGAAAGCCAUCUGGUGGUGGCUCACAUGUCGGAGAAAAUCAUAGUCAGGGCUUCAAACCCUGGUCAGUUUGAGAAUGACAGUGAGGUCCACUGGCAGAGGGGCCAGGCACCCGACUCCGUGGUGUGCCAGGGCAGGGUGGGCAUCAACACAGAGACACCUGACGAAGCCCUGGUGGUCUGUGGCAAUGCCAAAAUCAUGGGGUCGGUGAUGCAUCCCUCUGACAGACGUGCCAAGCAUAACAUACUCGAGGUGGACUCGACAGAGCAGCUGAGGAGAAUAGCGCAGAUGAGGAUAGUGGAGUACGACUACAAGCCAGAGUUCGCCGAAAAGAUGGGGAUCGAGCAUGUCCAUGAAACAGGUGUCAUUGCUCAGGAGGUGAAGGAGGUUCUACCAAACGCUGUCAAGGAGGUGGGAGACGUAAUGUGCACGGAUGGAGAGAAAAUUCAGAACUUCCUCAUGGUGGACAAAGAGCAGAUUUUCAUGGAGAAUGUUGGUGCGGUCAAGCAGCUGUGUAAGCUGACGGGCAAUCUGGAGACGCGGAUCCAGGAGUUGGAGGUGUGGAACACUCGGCUGGCCAAAGUCCCCCCUCCCGGAAGCGCACGACCCACCGUCCCGAUCCACCCGGCCAGUGCCAAAGGCAAAGUUCACAAAUUCCACACUGUCCCUCCCCCUCAGCGGAAGCCGUCCUCGUGUACGACAGCCAAAAAAUACAUCAGUGAGAAGUACAAAAGCUUCUGUCACCACCGGGUCUUUCAAGCCGGCAUCCUGACCGUGGUGGGUCUGUUGGCCUUCUGCGUCAUCUCCCUCACUGCCAUAUAUUUGCUCACGUUAGACGACAACCCGUCUCCAGGCUGUGGAGAGAGUGGAACUAUCCAACCGCUUAAUCCUCACCCAACCAAACCAGAUAUCCAUUUUUGCAACUCUCCGUCGGACUGUGACCAAGUUUACUGUUGCACCUUGGACCCAGGAGAGGGCCACCAUACAACCUCCUCUGCCAUAACCUUAGAACCCCAUUCACCAGUCAUACCAGCAGAUGAACGACUGGAGGACUUGUGCAUACAAAAUCACAGGCAAACCUCCACUCAAAGCAUUCAAAGGACAAAUGCAACACUCCAGGCCAUCAUCAUCAUGCAAAGUGAGCAAGUCAUUGAUGAGCGCUACUGCCUGCAGGGGUUGUGUCAGCCUGGGAACUACAGCUACAGGAUCCCCAUCAGCAAGUCUGUCCCUGUCAACAUGAGCAUCACUCUUCAGAUGAAUUCCACAGAGCCUCUGGUAGUGCAUAAAUGCCAUGCCGAUGAGACCGAUGAAUGUGACACCACCAUGACCCCUAGUAAUGUGGAGGAACAUCAUAACAGCACUGAGGGUUAUCUGCAUAUGUGGACGUUACCAGUUGCUCGACUCCAUCAAAGUUCUUACCACUUCCGUGCUGCAAAAGCUGGGGCAGACUGCAGUACCGACCCCAGCCAUAUGGGGGCAACGUUCACAGAUUACCACCUUCACUUCUAUCGCCAUUGUGAUUGAGAACCAGCCUGAAUGACCCGGAUUGACCCUACCCCCCAUUCCCUACCCACUGUCCAUUAUAUGCAUGGGGACAGUGUGUAUUUCGAUGCCAUUGACAUUUUAGACAGAAAUAGAGAGCGAGAGACUGAGGGUCUAUUGUUAAAUAUUUUCUCCUUAAAAUUCUGAUUCAUUUUGACAUAUUGUUGUACAGCAAUUACUUUUCCCUGGGGAGUUAUAUCAACUGGUAGUUUCCCUUUUUGUCUAUUUAUGAGUGUAAUGCUACUUGUGUGUGUAGAAUGACAUUUGAAAAUCUUUCUUCUUGCACUGUGUGAAAAAUAAGACUGCAAUUGAUGACUUUGAUUUGCAGAGUGUGAACCGAAUUGAACCUUCUCGAGGGAUUAUGAAGUUGAAACUCGGAUGUAGAUUAUGUAAACUAGGAUGUAGACUAAUGUAUGAUGUGACAUAUUACUCUGCACUCAACAGAGUCCCUCGUUCUCACCUCACCAGACAUCACUCAGAUACAUUGAACUGCAAUUAGCAACUGGACAUCGGGACUGAAUUUUUUUGUUUUGUUUUUUCUCUCUCUCUCAAACAUGGAUUGAAAGGACAGAGAGUAGCAGGAUAACCCAAAGACCAUGAGCACUUUGAACUACUCCUUAUCACUGACAGGUGGAAUGAAUGAAUGAAAGAAUGACUGAAUGAUUGAAUGACAUAUAUUAUGCGGUUUUUGUAUUCACUUGUUUUGAACUUUACCUUUAGAUCUUCUAUUAAAAAUGUAUUCAGGC